AGGUGUAAUAAAGGACAAUGGAAUAAGAUAAGAGGAAAAACACCUAAUGAAAUAGUUGGCAAUGUCAGUUGCAAGCUCAAACUGCUAUGAUUAUCACUCAAAGUUGCAUAUUUAGUGACUUAAAUAUACUGCAAAAAAGGAGCCAAAACAAAACAAUGAUUAUUAAUUUCUCAAAGUUGAGGAAGAAGAGCUUAAGGGGCAGGUCAUUUUAUUAGUAGUACUAUAAUAUUUUACAGUAAGCAAUGGCGGUGGUUAAUCAUCAAAAGCUCUCAUUUUUAUGUAAGCGUGAGGUUUGUUAUGAAGAUGGGUUUUGAUUGAAUAGUGUUUUGAUUUGUGGGAAAAGCUUGAAUGGAAGGCAGGGUGCUAAAAGUAGCACAGGAUCAUUAGAAAUGGCUCUUUCUUUGAAGAACAGUCUUUUUUAGCUUCUCUCUCUCUUCAUGGAGGGGCCUUCUUUAUGAGAAUUUGGUACUUCAUGUUCAGGGUUGGCUUUGGAAAUGGUAGCUGCUAAACUCGUGUGAAGCUUUUGGUACAUCUUUUCGGUACUUGGAUUUUGUUUCAACCCUUUGGCAAACAUCAUUAAAUGAACCUGUUAUUGUAAAAAGAUCAUUGGAAAGAACCUGCUUUGAUAUUACAGUUAAGGGUAGUUGGAUAUGAGUGACAAAGAAAAGUUUGAGCUAGAUAGAAACGAGGAUCCUAUGAGUUAUUCUACUGGUGUGCCCUCAGAUUGGAGAUUUGAGGGUGCCAAUCUUGCAAAUUCAUCUGUUGGUUUUGUCAGCAGAGGGGAUUUGAUUGGUUCUUCUUCUUGUUCCUCUGCCUCAAUGGUGGACUCAUUUGCUCCAAACUUUUGGGAGCAUCAUCCCACCAAUUCCCACAACUUGGGAUUCUGUGACAUCAAUGUCCACAACAAUAGUGGAAGCUCUUCAAACAUGUCUGGAAUCAGAAAAGAUGGGUUUGAAAUGGGUUGGAACCAGGGUAACACUUUGUUGAAAGGGGAUGGUUUUUUACCAAAUGGACUAUUUCCUCAAACUUUGUCUCAGUUUCCAUCUGAUUCUGGGUUUAUUGAGAGGGCUGCAAGAUUCUCAUGCUUCAGUGGAGGGAAUUUUGGUCCUAUGGCAAACUCAUAUGAGAUUCCCCACCCCACGGGCCUGUAUGCGGGCCAUGGAUUGCAAUCAGCAGCUGGAGGACAAUCUCAAGAGUGUGAACUAAAUGUACUUGAAGCUUCAAAAGCUGUGUCUCCAUCUGUUGAGCAUUUAGCUACUAAAGGAAGCCCUUACAAGAAUGAUCAAAGAAGUGAAAGUCAUGGUGUGUCUCAAGAUGAAGGGAAGCAGCCUCUUGGUAGGCCUGCUAAUGAUUCUGACAGAGCUGAAUCUAGUGACGAUGAUGGUGGCGGUGGCGGCGGCCAGGAUGAUUCCCCAAUGUUGGAGGGUACUAGUGAGGAGCCUUCUGGUAAAGGACUAAACUCAAAGAAAAGGAAAAGAAUUGGGCAGGAUGCUGAUAAUGAUAAAGCCAAUGGAGCUUCAGAACUUCACAGUGAAGGCGCGAAGGAUAACUCCGAGAGUCAACAGAAGGCAGAUAAACAAACAACCUCAGCAGCCAAGGCUUCAGGGAAGAAUGCCAAACAUGGUUCUCAAGCUUCUGAUCCAGCCAAGGAGGAAUACAUACACGUUCGGGCUCGCCGGGGUCAAGCAACAAAUAGUCACAGCCUUGCAGAGAGAGUGAGGAGGGAAAAGAUAAGUGAGAGGAUGAAGUUCCUUCAAGAUCUUGUACCUGGAUGCAGCAAGGUCACUGGCAAGGCUGUGAUGCUAGAUGAAAUCAUCAACUAUGUACAGUCACUUCAAAGACAGGUUGAGUUUUUGUCCAUGAAACUUGCAACAGUAAAUCCCCGACUGGAUUUUAAUAUUGAAGGACUUCUUGCUAAAGAUAUUCUUCACCAACGGCCUGGUCCUUCGUCAGGACUAGGUUUUCCCCUAGAAAUGUCUAUGGCUUUUCCUUCAUUACAUCCAUCUCAACCAGGGCUGGUUCAGUCAAUUAUUCCUAACAUGGGGAACUCAUCUGAUAUCCUUCGGAGAGCCAUUCAUCCACAGUUAGCAGCACCGUUGAGUGGAGGAUUCAAGGAGCCAAAUCAGCUGCCUAAUGUGUGGGAGGAUGAGCUUCACAAUGUUGUACAGAUGAGCUUUGCAACCACUGCUCCCAUGAGUAGCCAAGAUGUGGAUGGUAGUGUUGAAGCAAGCCAGAUGAAAGUUGAACCUUAAUGUUUAGUCUACUCUACAUGCUAUUCAUCUUUGCUACUACUACUACAGCUUGUGUUUUGACUUUGAUUCUUGUCAGAUGGAAAUAACUAUGGUCACAGUUUAUAUGACUUACCAAACUUAAAAGGCCAUAACCACAAUCCCCUGUCCUGGUGUGAAGGCUAUGCAGAGGAGAGACUCUAGGUUAGAGAAAGAAAAUGGAGCAGUAUUCUUGGAUGUUAAUUUCUUUUAGAGAGUGAAUGUAUGUAUCAUAUGUUUAGAAGUGGAAGUCUAUUUUACCAAAAUAGGUUUGCUUACUAAAUAUAUUAUAGAAUGUAAAGACAUGAUCUCACUGAGUUUGAUCAACCAGAAGGAGAAAUGCAAAAGCAUGUUCUUUUGAUUUGCUUCAGUUGCUUGGUGCUCUCAUGUAAUGUCAUGUUUUCUUACCCAACAAUUGGCUAUAUUACAUUCUUUCACAGAACAUGUUUGGAUUUA